AUAUAAACCCUAACGAGGUGACGGUUGUGAUCGGCCUGCUUUUGAGCCCUUCUGUUGCAGAGUAGCGGUGAGGUGAGCUCCGACGUGUAGACGGUGCACAGAAGCGGACCCAAUCCAUGGGCAGGGUGGGCUUCAGCCUUAAAAAAAAUGGACUUUUUAACCUAAAAAGAUAAUCCAAGCCCAAACCCAAAUAUUCCCCCCUCCCUCCUCUGCAACCCUUCUCUUCCAAACAACCCCUUCUGCAAAUCGGUCGUGUGGCCGCCAUCCACAACGCCGGUGGUCGCUGCCUCUCUGCAAAUAGCUCUCGCUCUCUGUGGGUGGUCGCUGCCUCUCUCUCGCUCUCGGUCGGUCGCUGGGGAGGUCGCAUCUGUGGCUCUCUUGCUUUCGCUGGGUCGCUCGCCUCUCUGCAUUGCCGUUGGGACGCUUUGGUUCAAUCUUCUGAGGUUUGGUUCAAUCUUUGGUGUUGUGUUAUUGUUCUUGGCAGGCAGGCAGUGGACAUCCCCUCAUACUCUAGAGACUAAGAGACUAGAGCUCACGGUUGGAAAAAUUUUUGAAGCCCCCCUAGGUAAAAAAUCCUAGCUCUGCCCCUGACGGUGCAACGAUGGAGCUCGAACCCCACGAAGAAAGCGAACUUCAGAUGAACGACAACAGCAACAAGGUGAUGUGCGAGUUGAAGGACCCAGAAGGGACGACUUUGGGACCUCCCAUGUAUCUUCCGCAGAAUGCCGGUCCCAAAGAGCUUCAACAGAUGGUCAAUAAGCUCCUCAACAACGAGGAAAAAUUGCCUUAUGCAUUUUAUAUAUCAGACCAGGAGCUUGUUGUGCAGCUUGGAUCUUAUUUACAGAAAAAUAAAGUUUCUGUGGAGAAGGUGCUGACAAUAAUUUAUCAACCACAAGCAGUUUUUCGCAUUCGUCCAGUUAGUCGUUGUUCUGCAACAAUUGCAGGUCACACAGAAGCUGUACUUUCAGUUGCAUUUAGUCCUGAUGGUAGACAGUUGGCAAGUGGCUCAGGCGACACCACUGUUCGAUUGUGGGACCUGAAUACCCAGACACCGAUGUUCACUUGUUCAGGUCACAAGAAUUGGGUUCUAUGUAUUGCAUGGUCACCCGAUGGUAAGCAUCUUGUCAGUGGAAGUAAGGCUGGAGAGCUUCAAUGCUGGGAUCCACAUACUGGAAAGCCAUCGGGCAAUCCGCUUAUUGGCCACAAGAAAUGGAUUACUGGUAUAUCAUGGGAACCAGUACACCUAAAAGCACCCUGUCGUCGUUUCGUGAGUUCUAGUAAAGAUGGUGAUGCACGCAUAUGGGACAUUUCGACAAGGAAAUGUGUUAUUUGUCUUAGUGGCCAUACACUAGCAGUAACUUGUGUUAAGUGGGGUGGAGAUGGAGUUAUAUAUACAGGCUCUCAAGAUUGUACUAUCAAAGUCUGGGAAACUUCACAAGGGAAGCUAAUUCGUGAACUAAAGGGCCAUGGGCAUUGGGUAAAUUCUCUUGCAUUGAGUACUGAGUAUGUCCUUCGCACUGGAGCUUUCGAUCACACUGGAAAGCAAUAUUCAUCUCCCGAGGAAAUGAAAGAGAUGGCUUUGCAAAGGUAUAACAAAAUGAAAGGCAGUUCUCCUGAAAGAUUGGUUUCUGGGUCUGAUGACUUCACCAUGUUUCUUUGGGAACCUGCGGUUAGCAAGCAUCCCAAAACACGUAUGACAGGUCACCAACAGCUGGUGAACCAUGUUUACUUUUCUCCUGAUGGACAAUGGGUGGCGAGUGCUUCAUUUGACAAGUCUGUCAAGUUGUGGAAUGGUAUAACAGGAAAAUUUGUUGCUGCUUUUCGUGGCCACGUGGGACCUGUUUAUCAAAUAAGCUGGUCUGCUGACAGUCGGCUUCUUCUAAGUGGGAGCAAAGAUUCCACAUUGAAGGUAUGGGACAUCCGUACACUGAAGCUGAAGCAAGACCUGCCAGGCCAUUCUGACGAGGUUUUCGCUGUCGACUGGAGUCCAGACGGUGAGAAGGUAGCAUCUGGUGGUCGAGAUAGGGUUUUGAAGUUAUGGAUGGGUUAAGAAGAAGAAUAUGUGGAAGAGAUGAUGUAUUUACGAUAAGAAGAGUGGAUUGGUGAAAUGAGAUGAGAUCCACAGCUUGACCCUAAUGACAGCCGCCAGCAUAGAUACAUUCAACGAGAAGACCACUCUCUUCAGAUUUUCCUUUUCCAUUACAGUUGUGUUGUUAUGAAACAAACUACUCACCAGUUGCCAGUAAGGUGGUGAUUGUUGAGGUUUGAUUUUGAAGCUCUUUUAUGGAAUAUAAAUUAUUUUAGGUAGAGUUUGGGCAAAGUCUUUUGAGUGUUGAGGGGAUAUUGGAAAAUUGUCACUUCUUGUAUACAAUAUAUAGUUAGUUGAGCUGCAGCAGCGUACCUGCAUGUGUUUAGUUAGUACUGAGUAAUGAAUGAUAUUAAUUGUAGAAAUAUAAUUUGGGGUUUAGUUUUCA